UCAAUGCCCCACCGCGCACCUGCGACCGCUGCUCACGGAACUCUUUCUUAUCUUCUCUUCCUCUCGUCGGCGUCAAUGGCGACGAUCAUCGACGGCAAGGCGAUCGCCCAAACCAUCCGCAACGAGAUCGCCAUAGAAGUCCGAUCCCUCUUCCAGAAUUACAACAUGGUGCCGGGUCUGGCGGUGGUGAUCGUGGGGAUGCGGAAGGACUCGCAGAGUUACGUGAGCAUGAAGCGCAAGGCCUGCGCUGAGGUGGGCAUCCGGUCCAUCGAUCUCGACCUCCCCGAGGACAUCUCUGAGGCCGACCUUAUCGAGAAGGUCCACCAGUUGAACGCCGAUCCCGAUGUCCAUGGAAUACUGGUUCAACUUCCAUUGCCAAAACACAUAAAUGAAGAAAAAGUCUUAAGUGAAAUCAAUAUUGAAAAAGAUGUUGAUGGAUUUCAUCCUCUAAAUAUUGGGAAACUAGCAAUGAAAGGCAGAGAGCCAUUAUUUCUACCCUGCACUCCAAAGGGAUGCCUUGAACUACUAUCACGAAGUGGUGUAAGUAUAAAAGGCCAAAAGGCAGUUGUAGUUGGUCGCAGCAAUAUUGUUGGAUUACCGGUGUCCUUGCUUCUUCUGAAAGCAGAUGCGACUGUGACAAUUGUUCACUCCCAUACUCAAGAUCCUGAGAAUAUCAUUCGUGAGGCUGAUAUAGUUAUUGCUGCAGCUGGACAAGCAAUGAUGAUCAAAGGAGACUGGAUAAAACCUGGAGCUGCAGUAAUUGAUGUUGGAACCAAUGCUGUUGACGACCCAAGUAAGAAAUCAGGGUAUAGACUUGUUGGGGAUGUGGACUUCCAAGAAGCAAGCAAGGUGGCUGGAUGGAUCACUCCAGUUCCUGGAGGUGUUGGUCCGAUGACCGUUGCUAUGUUGCUCAAGAACACUCUGGAUGGUGCUAAACGUAGAAUUGUGCAGUAAAAAAUAGACAUUGAGCUAAAUUUGUUCUUGUUGUUGUGCAUCUAUUUAUGUUUGGUAGGGAAUAUAAUAAAAAUAUUUGAUUUGAGACUGUUAUUUUAAUCACUUUCUCUA